AUGGAACGAAUAUGGUUGCCGCUGCUUCUAACAAUUAGAGUGCUUCCUGGAUCUGCUCAGUUCAAUGGCUAUAACUGUGAUGCCAACCUCCACAGUAGAUUUCCUGCUGAACGAGACAUCAGUGUCUACUGUGGGGUGCAGGCCAUCACGAUGAAGAUUAAUUUUUGCACGGUGCUUUUCUCCGGUUAUUCUGAAACAGAUCUGGCACUGAAUGGGAGGCAUGGGGAUUCCCACUGCAGGGGCUUCAUCAAUAACAACACCUUUCCAGCAGUGGUCAUUUUCAUCAUCAAUCUCAGCACCUUGGAGGGCUGUGGAAACAAUUUAGUGGUAUCCACAAUUCCUGGAGUCAGUGCUUAUGGAAACACAUCUUCAGUACAAAUAGGAAAUAUUUCAGGAUAUAUUGAUACUCCAGACCCACCAACAAUCAUCAGCUAUCUACCUGGGCUUCUUUACAAAUUUAGUUGUAGCUAUCCAUUGGAAUACCUGGUUAAUAAUACCCAGCUUGCCUCGUCCUCAGCUGCUAUUUCUGUGAGAGAAAACAAUGGAACAUUUGUCAGCACUUUGAACCUGCUCCUUUAUAACGAUUCAACCUACAGUCAGCAGCUAAUUAUUCCGAGUAUAGGAUUACCUUUGAAAACCAAAGUGUUUGCAGCUGUACAAGCCACGAAUCUGGAUGGCAGAUGGAAUGUCUUAAUGGAUUAUUGCUAUACGACCCCAUCAGGGAACCCAAAUGAUGAUAUUCGAUAUGAUCUCUUCCUUAGCUGUGACAAAGACCCUCAGACUACUGUUAUUGAAAAUGGCAGAAGCCAGCGGGGGCGAUUCUCUUUUGAAGUGUUCCGAUUUGUGAAGCACAAGAAUCAGAAGAUGUCCACUGUCUUCCUGCACUGUGUGACCAAGCUCUGCAGAGCUGAUGACUGUCCCCUCCUUAUGCCAAUUUGCAGCAACAGAGAAAGGAGAGAUGCAGACAUGAGGACGACUCGGAGCCCCCAGAGCACUUCUGGAAACGCCGUCCUCUCUGCUGGCCCUAUCAUUACUCGGAGUGAUGAGACACCAACAAACAAUUCGCAGCUUGGUUCUCUGAGUAUGCCUCCUUUCCAGUUGAACACCGUCACCAGCGCACUGAUAUCAGGAUUGGUCAUUCUGGGCAUCAUGAGCUUUUCCCUUCUCCUGUGCUCACUCGCCCUUCUGCACAGGAAGGGAUCCACCAGUCUGGUGUUAAAUGGCGUAAGAAAUCCAGUCUUUGAUUAA